UUUAUUUAUUAUUGAAACAUCCCAGGCUGGUUAGUAGGGAGAAGAGCGUCAUUAUUAGUUCAGGAUCUGAGCUGAGGGUGGGAUCAGCUGAUGAUAAGUUACACGUGUUACAGUGCAAGGGUCUUACUUUACUCUCCUCUACCUCAAGAGCUGGAUUAUAACUAUCUCUCCAGUCUGAUAUGAGAGGUGCACAGGACUGAAGAGGAACAAGUCACCCCUCUCAUUUCGUUUUAUUUUUAUUUUAUUCUUUACUCCACCAAUUUCUCUUACACGAAUAUGUCCUGCCUGUUCCUUGGAGUACUAAGGAGGCGAAAUGCCAUCAGUACAGCUUCCGUGGGAGCGCGGUCUCUCGCCUCCAUCCCCUCUCUGCCCUCGUCUGUGGCUGAGUUUGUAUCUGGAGCAGUGGCUGAGUGUAAACCUGCUAAAGUGCACGUGGUCACAGGCACACCAGAUGAGACAGCAGACAUCCUGGCCAACCUUGAGAAAGAGGGCAUUGUAAAAAAACUCAGCAAAUAUGAAAACUGCUGGCUGGCACGUACUGACCCUAAAGAUGUGGCUCGCGUGGAGAGUAAGACAGUGAUUGUCACGAAAGUCCAAAGGGACACUAUCCCCAUCCCCACCGGAGGUGCCAAGUCCCAACUGGGCAGCUGGAUGAGUGAGGGAGACUUCCAGAAGGCCAGAGAGGACCGUUUUCCUGGCUGCAUGGCAGGACGCACUAUGUAUGUGAUCCCCUUCAGUAUGGGCCCUGUGAACUCUUCUCUUGCUAAGUUUGGUGUUCAGGUGACAGAUUCUCCAUAUGUGGUGGCUAGCAUGGGCAUCAUGACACGCAUGGGGACGCCUGUGCUGGAGAAACUAGCAGAGGGGGCGGAGUUUGUGCGCUGCCAGCACUCUGUGGGCCGACCUUUACCACUCAAAGCUCCUUUAGUAAACAGCUGGCCUUGUAACCCAGAGAAGGUGUUGAUCUCACAUCUCCCAGACACCAGGCAGAUCUUAUCCUUCGGCAGCGGUUACGGUGGAAACUCGCUCCUUGGAAAGAAGUGCUUUGCUCUUCGUAUCGCCUCACGCAUCGCCAAAGACGAAGGCUGGUUGGCUGAACACAUGCUGAUUCUGGGUAUCACAAAUCCUCAGGGUGUGAAACGGUACAUUGCAGCUGCGUUCCCGAGCGCUUGUGGGAAAACUAACCUGGCCAUGAUGAAACCAUCACUGCCAGGCUGGAAGGUGGAGUGUGUGGGCGAUGACAUCGCCUGGAUGAAAUUUGACAGUCAGGGUAAACUCAGAGCUAUUAAUCCAGAGAAUGGUUUCUUUGGAGUUGCCCCCGGGACGUCCCUAAAGACCAACCCUCAUGCCAUGUCAACCAUCUCCAGUAACACAGUGUUCACUAACGUAGGAGAGACCAGCGAUGGGGGAGUUUGGUGGGAGGGUCUGGAUCCGCCUGCACCUGGAAUCAAACUCACAGACUGGCAUGGAAAAUCAUGGAAAUAUGGUGAUUCUACACUGUGUGCUCACCCGAACUCCAGGUUUUGUGCCCCUGCUGGCCAGUGCCCAAUCAUAGACCCACGCUGGGAGAGUGAUGAGGGCGUCCCUAUUGAUGCCAUUGUAUUUGGUGGCAGAAGACCAGAAGGUGUGCCUUUGGUGUACGAGUCCUUUAACUGGCGUCAUGGUGUGUUUGUGGGUGCAGCCAUGAGAUCUGAAUCCACAGCUGCUGCUGAACAUAAAGGGAAAGUAAUCAUGCAUGACCCCUUCGCAAUGCGUCCUUUCUUCGGCUACAACUUCGGUGACUAUCUGACCCACUGGUUGAGUAUGGAGACGCGCAAGGGCCCGACCCAGCUCCCUAAGAUCUUCCACGUCAACUGGUUCCGGAAAGAUCAGAAGACCGGCUCUUUCCUGUGGCCAGGGUUUGGAGAGAACGCCCGUGUCCUCGAGUGGAUCUUCAAACGUUGCAGCCGUACCAGUGAAGACGAGGCUGCCACCAAGAGCAUUGUGGGAUGGAUUCCACAAAGCGGUGCCAUAAACACAGAAGGCCUGGGUGGGAAUAUUGAUAUGGGUGCCCUCUUUGACCUGCCCAAACCCUUCUGGCAGAAGGAAACUCAGGAGCUUCGGACCUACUUCACCCAGCAGGUUGGCGCUGAUCUACCGGCACAAGUGGAAGGAGAGCUGAAGGCGCUGGAAGAGAGAGUGAGGGAUUGAACAGACACUACAUUACAUUGAUGUUGAGUAGAUGUGAGGAAUAGGAUGGGUUGAGGUGGAGGUAACUGUUUUAAUGUGACUGACUGUUGCACUGCAGUGAACACUGCAUCUGAGAAAGCCAAAACCAAAAAGUUCACUAGAUGCCAAAAAGUUCACUGGAUGGCACCAAUAACUAGGUGCCUUAUUUUAUCUUACCGUAGAAGCUAAAAACUCUAUUUACUGUUUACAUGCUAACUACCAAAAUGCCAUUUUAGAUUAUCUUCGGUACAAACAAGGUGACAUGAUGAAUUUAAACCACAGCAUCAAGUUUAUGAGUACACUACCUAUUAUCUAGUCAUUUUAAGCAGAAAGCAGACAUGUCUUUAAGGAAAGCACCAAUAUCAUCAUUGGUUACCUAAUGAAAACCGAAUUUUUUUUCCCAAAGAAUUUUACUUUUAUUCGUGUAAUAUGAUUGAUGUGAUUCAGGAUGUGCUGGGGUUGAAGGAUCUGGACCAAAGAGUACCAACGUGUCUCAGUCUUUGAAUGUGUGUUUUUACCUGAGCUGACUGAAUAAAUACAACUCUAAAACAAA